AUCCACCUCAGCCCUGGGCAGAAUUUGGAGUAUGGGUGGCUGGCUUAUAUGUUGGGAGAAAGAACUACCAAAAAGUUCACCCCAUACAGCAAAAUCUUCACUGUGGAGGGAAAUUUAUCCUCUGGGAAGGGCAAACUGGCACAGCAAGUGGCAGAAAAAUUGGGCAUGAAAUACUUCCCAGAAGCAGACAUCCACUACCAAAACAGGACGACAGGAGAUGGCUCCCUCCUCCCAGAGAAAUUUAAUGGGUUUUGUGACCUCCAGAGGUUCUACCAAGACCCCAAAUGCCCUGAUGGCCACUCCUACCGUCUGCAGGCUUGGCUCUUGGGCAACAGGGUGCUGCAAUAUGCUGAUGCUUUGGAGCAUCUGCUGGCCACAGGCCAAGGGGUGGUGAUGGAACGUUCUCCCUACAGCGACUUUGUCUUCCUGGAGGCCAUGUUUAAAGAAGGUUACAUCCACAAACGCUGUGUUGAGCACUACAAGGAGAUCAAGGAGCUCAGCAUUGAGGAGUUCCUGCCUCCCCACUUGGUCAUCUACGUGGAUGUCCCAGUCCCAGAGGUGCAGAAAAGGAUCCAAGAGACAGGAGAGCCCUAUGAGAAGAAAGUGUCUCCUUCCUAUCUCCAGCACAUUGAGGAUGCUUACAAGAAGAAAUUCUUGCCAGAGAUCAGGUUAGCCAACCAAAUUUGGA